CUUUAUACUGAAUCCUAAACCAUAGGGUGGCUGAAUAAUCUCAAUGACGUCGAACCUUUCUGUCUGGAAAAUGUGCAUUCGCGUUGCCUCGGAAUGGACCAAGUGAGUGGGUGCAGUGGCCUCAAUUCAGACAUCCACUAGACACAGCCUCGGUCUGGCUGGAGUGGGGAUUUUAUCGACGUUGAGUAUGGACCAAUCACAAAUCCCUCUUGGCGUGUAUAACCGAUCCAACAUUAAUCACGUAAGACGUGACAGCAAUCCAAGGCAACUCAAUGCAUCCUUACCCAAAGACAUCAUUGUGACCAGACUGAACCAUGGAGAUGAACGGACAGAUCAUCAUCCUGGUUGGAAUGAGAUCAAAGCGCACAACAGACGAUUUGAGGAACAAAUCAAGGGAGAGCAGUUCAGUGAGGAUGAGGAUCUGGACUUGAGUCUUGUGGACUUGAAGGUCAGGGAAGAUGUUGGUCUGAGUGACGAAGACCUCUUGACCAUCUCCACCAAAGACCUAAAUCGACUUCUGAAGAAGCUGAACAUUGGGAAGGCCAGAGGCAAGGAGCUCAAACGGGAGAGGCGAACACUCAAAAACAGGGGCUAUGCUGCUAAUUGCCGGGUCAAGAGAGAUGACAUGGAGGAGAUCCUGAAAGCUCAAUUGGUCCAGUACACCAAGGAUGUCCGAGUUGCAGCCGUCUUGCUUCAGAAAUGCAUGGCAAGGGAGGAGAGAUUGCUGGAGGAAGAAAAGAUGCUGGACUUUGAAAUUGACCGAAUGAAGUCAAAGGAGAGCCUCCCUAUUGUUAUAAAAGAGGAACCUGGGCUCAUCAAAGAAGAGACCAGACAUAAUGAUUAAAUGCACAGCAGUAUAUUAAUGCAUUGUAUUAUGUGUUUCAAUUGCACUGUGUUCCAAUUGGAGCUUGGUUUGUCCAACUUUUAAAAAUAAAUCACCUUUAUUUUUUACCUCUGAA